UCUUUCUUAUUUCUUAGCCUUUUAUACAUAUGGAAAAUGGUCCAACUCAAAUAUUCAUUUACUGGGCACGGCGACAUAAAUUCUCUAUGCAAAUGCAUAUGACCAUGCUCACUUGUCUCGCAGGCUAGAGAUCCCAAACAGACGUAUAGAGAAGGAUCAUGGAAGGUUUGCUCCAGUGCCCUGCGAACUACGUGCCUUUGACUCCCAUAAGCUUCUUAGAGAGAGCAGCUUUCGUCUAUGGCAACAAGGUUUCCAUAAUCUACGGCAAUACGAGGUACACAUGGAGGCAGACCCACGAAAGGUGUUUGAAACUCGCCUCCGCUCUGACGAGAUUGAAUAUCUCACGCGGCGAUAUCGUUGCAGCUAUGGCACCAAACGUCCCUGCACUGUAUGAGCUCCACUUCGCGGUUCCAAUGGCAGGCGCGACUCUUUCCGCGCUCAACGUAAGCCUUGACGAGCACGCUUUGACGAUCAUUCUUCACCAAUUACGACCCAAAAUCAUCUUCGUCGACUCCGAGCUCGUACAACUCGUCUCCAAAGUCAUCCACAACAAGAACAACACGCACCUCCUAGAGAACCACCACGAUCACCAGCCACUCCUUGUCACAAUCCGCGACGUCUCGCUGGACUGUCGAACCCAAUGGGAUCUUGAGGUUCGAGAGUAUGAACAAACCGUAGCUAUGGGAGAGAGCGAUUUCCAAGCCAUGGGUCCGACCAAUGAGUGUGACCCCAUCUCAGUCAAUUUCACUUCGGGGUCGACGGGGACGCCCAAGGCAGUGGCGUACAGCCACCGAGCGGUGUACUUGAACUCUCUAGGGCUGAUCCUCCGAUAUAACAUGGGGAAGUCGCCUGUGUUCCUGUGGACGGUGGACAUGUUCAGGUGCAAUGGGUGGUGCUUCACUUGGGCGAUGGCAGCGCUCGGCGGUGUCAAUGUGUGUAUUAGGAACGUGUCGGCAAAGAUCAUCUUCGACUCCGUUCAGCUCCACAAGGUCACCCAUCUCUGUGGUAAACCCACUAUCCUAAAUAUGAUUGCUGAUUCCCCACCGGUCGAACAAAAGCCACUGCCUUCCGUGGUGGACGUAAUCAUCGCCGGCGCAUUCCCGACGAAUCCCGUUCUCAAGAGAGUCCAAGAGCUUGGGUUCAACAUUGUCUACGGAUAUGGCAUGACGGAAGCCCUAGGGCCCGCCCUCAUCAGACCUUGGAGGUCAUCGCAACACCACCACCAUGAUGACAACGGCAACGACCGCGACGAUCAUAACCUGAAAUGCAGAGAAGGGCUCCACAACAUCACAUUGGAAGCUGCUGAUGUCAAGGACCCGACCACCAUGCAGAGCGUUCCAAGCGAUGGGGAAACAAUCGGAGAAGUCAUGCUCCGAGGGAACACCCUCAUGGCAGGCUACUUGGGCGACGCGGAGGCAACGCAGAAGGCAUUUUAGGGGUGGUUCAGGACCGGGGAUGUUGGGGUGCGGCACACGGAUGGUUGCAUAGAGAUGAAGGACCGAGCAGGGGACGCCAUAGUCUUAGGGAAGGAGGUGAUCAGCACAUUGGACAUAGAAGCCAUCUUGUCGAGCCACCCGAAAGUUAAGGAAGUCGCUGUUGUUGCUCAAAAUGACGUUGUUGCGGGGCAAGUCCCAUGUGCAUUUGUGAAGUUGAAGGAAGGGAAGUGUUCCAACGCCGAGGAGAUAUUAGAGUUUUGUGCGGAGCAGCUGCAAAAGGCGGCAAUGGUUCCAAAGACGGUGUGGUUCGGGGACUUGCCGAUGAAUUCCACUGGCAAGGUGCAGAAGUCUGUGCUGAGAGAGAGAGCCAACGCAAUUGAGAAGCAAUGUCCAUAGAAGGAGCACAGCUUCAUAAGAACCAAAACAUCAAGAAAAUUAGUUGCGAAUUGUGUCUUUUUGUGUUAUUUGUCCUGUAAUUUCAUAUUUCGAAUUGUCACUGAGAAAUGAUUGCGUAACAGUCUUUAAUGUA